AUGAAGAGCCAGAGAUCUAUCCUGGGCUUCUUUCAACCUAAAUCGUCGCCAUGCACUCCUCCAACUUCCUCGCGCGUGAACAAGGUCAAGGAAGAGCCGAAUUCGUCGCCAGCUCCGAAUGGUGCCAAAUCGAGUGUCCAAUCGACCAAGCAGACCGCGAAAAGCCGUCGGGGCCUUCAUCUCACCCCUGCCCCGAGUAGCGAUGCCGUGGAACCGGGUUCUGACGACUUCAACGUCCACCAAUCAACCAUUGAAAAGGUGAAGGGAAGUCUUAGUACUGUGGACGUUAGCUUGCCUUCUCCUGCUACGUCUGCUAACGGGCACAAUGGAGGGCAGGCUGAGAGUGAACAGGAAACUUCGGUAACCCCGACUCGCCGAGCGAGAAAAGCUAUCAACUACGAGGAGUCGGAGGAUGAUGAAAUUGUUAAACCUACCUCGAGACGACUAGUGACUGGACGAGCAACUAAGAAGAGAAAAACAAUUGCAGUGUCAGAAGAUGAGGACGAGUUCCAAUUGGGCAAUACUGAUUUUUUCGACGAUGAUGAUUUCAUCGUCCCUGAUGAAUCCGAGGACGAAGCUGGCUCGUCUAGGAAACGCAAGCGGUCAUCCAACAACCUGGCUACCAAGUCAGCCCCUAUGUCUUCACCACGUGACGAGGAACCGGUUCUAGAUAUCCCCAAUGUCGGCUCUGGAACUACUCAGAAAUGGACCUAUAAUCCGGCUGAUAUCGAGUCUCGCGAGCCUCGAACAGCAUUAGCCCGGCCCUCACCUUCAUCCAAAUCGUUAGAAAAGAGAAAGGAGAAAGCCCACAUGACAGAGCCGGAAAAGCGGUAUCCAUGGCUUGCAAACAUACUUGACAUAGAAAAGAACCCUCCCGGUCACCCUGACUAUGACCCGCGGACUUUGUAUAUCCCUCCACUCGCGUGGACAAAAUUUUCUCCAUUCGAGAAACAGUACUGGGAAAUCAAACAAAAGUUUUGGGACACUGUUGUUUUCUUUAAAAAGGGGAAGUUUUAUGAACUUUACGAGAACGACGCCACCAUUGGACACCAGUUGUUUGAUCUCAAACUUACUGACCGAGUUAAUAUGCGGAUGGUAGGGGUACCAGAGUCGAGCUUAGAGCACUGGGCGAAUCAAUUCGUUGCCAAAGGGUUCAAAAUCGCGCGGGUCGACCAGUCAGAGUCUGCACUGGGAAAAGAAAUGAGAGAAAGGGGUGACAAGAAAAAGGGUGAUAAAAUCAUCAAGCGAGAAUUGAGCUGUGUCCUCACAGCUGGCACACUUGUGGACGGUGCCAUGCUUCAAGACGACAUGUCAACGUAUUGUGUUUCCAUCAAAGAAGCCUUGGUAGACGAUCUCCCGGCUUUUGGGGUUAGCUUUGUCGAUACGGCCACGGGGCAAUUCUUUCUAACCGAGUUUGUUGACGAUAUUGAUAUGACAAAAUUCGAAACUCUGGUGGCCCAGACCCGACCGCAAGAGCUUCUACUCGAGAAAGGUUUCAUGUCACCCAAAGCUCUCCGAAUUUUGAAAAAUAACACGAACCCAACAACCAUUUGGAAUCAUCUAAAGCCGGGUCGCGAAUUUUGGGAUGCAUCUACCACUCGUCGAGAGCUUGAGGCAGGUGAAUAUUUCGUUUCUAUGGAUCAGGACAAUAUUGAGGCAUGGCCUGAAGUUCUACAACAAGUUCGAGAUAAAGACCUAGUGAUUUCAUCAUUCGGUGCCCUAAUCCAGUACCUUCGGAUGUUAAAGAUUGAGCGAGACCUCAUUACCAUUGGCAAUUUCACUUGGUACGAUCCAAUCAGGAAGGCUUCCAGCCUUGUGCUAGACGGACAGACCCUUAUUAACCUCGAAAUCUUCGCAAACUCUUUUGAUGGCGGUCAGCACGGAACAUUAUUCCAAUUGCUCAACCGUUGUAUCACACCGUUUGGGAAGCGGUUGUUUAAACAAUGGGUUUGCCACCCACUGAUGGAUUCAAGGCAGAUUAAUGCUAGACUUGACGCUGUUGAGGCGUUGAACGCGGACAGCAGUAUACGAGAUCAGUUCUCAUCCCAGCUGACGAAGAUGCCAGACCUCGAGCGCUUGAUUUCCCGCGUCCAUGCCGGAACCUGCAAAUGUCAGGAUUUCGUUCGUGUCCUCGAAGGAUUUGAGCAAAUAGACUAUACGAUGGGUCUCGUGAAGCAGACCGGCUCUGGCGAUGGGGUCAUUGGACAGCUCAUUUCUUCCAUGCCCGAUCUGACCAGCUUAUUGCAGUAUUGGGAGACUGCGUUCGACCGCGUGAAAGCCAAAGAUAGCGGAACUUUUAUUCCACAGCCAGGAGUGGAGGAAGAUUUUGAUGCGUCUAAUGAGCGCAUUGAGAGCCUCGAGGGUGACCUAAACCAGCUUUUGAAACGGUGUCGCAGGGAACUGAAUUGCUCCGCAAUAGUAUACCGCGAUAACGGCAAAGAAAUCUAUCAACUUGAGGUGCCGAUCAAGGUGAAGAAUAUUCCAAAAAGCUGGGAUCAAAUGUCCGCCACAAAGCAAGUGAAGAGAUAUUAUUUCCCUGAACUCCGUGGUCUUAUCAGAAAGCUUCAAGAAGCGCAAGAAAUGCACAGCCAAAUCGUCAAAGAGGUGACCGGUCGAUUCUAUGCUCGUUUUGAUGAACAUUAUCCAACUUGGCUUGCGGCAGUGAAGAUAAUUUCCCAACUCGACUGCUUGAUUGGUUUAGCAAAGGCAUCCGCAGCUAUUGGCUACCCGAGUUGCCGUCCAGUUUUUGUCGACGAUGAGCGUAGCGUCCUUGAAUUUCAAGAACUCCGCCAUCCCUGCAUGCUCUCCUCGGGGGAUUUCAUCCCGAACGACGUGAAGUUGGGUGGGGAUACUUCAAGCAUCAAUCUUCUAACCGGUGCUAAUGCAGCUGGAAAAUCAACUGUUCUGCGAAUGACGUGUACUGCCGUUAUCAUGGCCCAGAUUGGCUGCUAUGUGCCAUGCGCAUCAGCUCGACUGACGCCCGUUGAUCGAAUCAUGUCACGACUUGGCGCAAACGACAACAUCUUCGGUGCACAGUCAACUUUCUUUGUUGAACUGUCGGAAACCAAGAAGAUUUUGUCCGAAGCAACAUCGCGUUCGCUUGUGAUUUUGGACGAGCUUGGUCGUGGAACUAGCUCCUACGAUGGGGUUGCAGUUGCUCAGGCUGUAUUGCAUCAUGUUGCAACGCAUAUUGGCGCACUGGGUUUCUUUGCGACCCACUACCACUCGCUCGCUGCCGAAUUUGAAGGACAUCCAGAAAUCGCUCCUCGCCGUAUGCGUAUCCGUGUAGACGAGGAGGAUAGACGAGUUACGUUUUUAUACAAAUUGGAAAACGGAGUUGCUGAAGGAAGUUUUGGCAUGCACUGCGCGUCGAUGUGCGGUAUCCCUAGCAAAGUUGUCGAAAGGGCAGAGGUUGCUGCCAAACAAUGGGAGCAUACCAGUCGAUUGAAAGACAGUGUUGAGAGGAAAAAGGGAAGUGGGCUUGUUGGGCUCGGUUGGUGGAGCGAUGUUGCAUGGAUUCUCAAGGAAGAUGGUGCAGAGAAUCCCAGUGCUUCCGGUGAAAGAGGCAUAGAAGUUUUGCUAAAAGCGAUUGAGAACAUGUGA